AUGUGUAUAUCAAGCCCGACUGUUUUGUUUUUUGAUAACAUGUGGGGAAGAAGGUUAGGACAACUGAUAUUUUAUCCGCCUCAAGUGAUAAAACGACAUGGCUCUACAUCCAAGUAUCUACAAAAACUCUUAGACGGGAGCAAGAAAAGACGAAAGAAGCCAUUUAAACUCACAGGGAGUAACAUUACAACAGCUAAGAAGUAUGUGUCUGAAGGAAGCAAGCAUCGUUCUUUCCGAGUGAGUCAGGUUGUACACGGGACUGUGGUUGAUAUUAUAGACAGCGGGGAGCUGGACCCAGAAAUCCCUACCCUCGGAGUCAGCAUUUCUGAUGUUGUUUGGAGUCCUGAGAUGAGCUCAAUGAACAUCUACUGGCAGACAAGUUCCGAUGAUGUCGAACAGAGAGAGGUGGUUAGAAAUCUUCUCAACUCGAAGGCAAAGAAAAUGCGAUCUUUAUUAAUAGGAAGAAAAAUCUCUGGACAUAUUCCCAAUAUUCAGUUUGUGUGGGACAAAUCUCAACUGAAGACCUCCUAUCUCCAAUAUAUUGAUAAGGUAUUAUCAGUAGCAGACUAUGGUCCAGAUUAUGAACCCCAGAAAUUCCCUCCACCCACUGCUCACCACGGAAUACCAAUACUACAGGCCUCUCCCAAAAUACUGGAGAGGUUAUGGGAAGUUUCCGAAGAUCGAGGCCCUGAAGAAAUGAAAGAAUACGUAGAAAAAUCAUAUCGUGAUGACAUUUACGGAUUAGAUCACACCCUGUUGAUGGAAUCAAUUCAAAAUUCUAAACAAAAACUUCAGGCAGGUCUGAGGAAGAGGGAGAAAAAAUCUAUGAAAGACAGCAGAGAACAAAAUGAUCACAGAGUGAAUGUAGAAUUACGACAGCAAGAGAAAGACAGGCGAGAGAUGUUCACUACAACAGCAGCUGGGUUUCCUCAGAGAGUGAGUGAAAUGCAGAGAAGUUUGUCUGAUGACUCUGAAGACAAUAAUGCUGAGAGGUGUGAGGAACCAGAUUUUCUUGAAGAUGAGUGGUCAGAUGAGGAGGAGGAUUUUGAUGAUGAGGAUGAUGAACUUAAUAUCACAGGGGACAAAAAUACAAAGUGUGAACAGGAAGAAAAUAGAACACAUCUUGAUAAAACAAUUAAUUCUGAACAAUUAAAUAAAGGAGAAAAAGAUAAUCUUCAGAUGGCUAAAGAACAAAACAAGAAAAGUCCAACACUCAAAAGGCUGGGUUUUAAAAACAGUUUAGGUUCUCCAGCAAUGCACGGUCCUCUUCGAGUGAGGGACAUGCAAAGAUUUAUAACAGAUGGGAACAUUGAUAAUAAAGGAGAUGAAAUAGACUUGUUAGAAGAUGAAUGGUCAGAUGAUGAGGAAAACAACACAGAAAGAGAUAUAAAGAAAUGAAACAAACAGAAUGUAUUGUGCAUGUUUCCCAUCAAAAGUAUGCAUCACAUAGAAUCUUGUACAUGUACCGGGUAUUCUUUUAUCUGGAGUGCAUGUAGAAUUUGUGACUAAAAAACACUUCAAUAUCAGUGUAAAAUUCUGGAAAAUGUUCCAUUGGGUGUAUGAUAACUUGUGGACCAUUUUGUUUAGAUCAGGAGCCACAGCAAUAAAAAUAUUACACAUG